AUGACGAGUUUGAAGCGUUCAUACGCUGCCGACAGCGCCGCUCCGAAUCUCUCGAGCAAGGUCUACAUCCGCUCAACCAAGAGUGGCAAGGUCCAGAAAAUUGUUCGCGAGCUAUACCUGCGCGAAGAUAUUCCUUGCUCGUCACGACUAUGCGCCGCCUGUCUUGAGAUUGCCCCUACCGACUACCAUAACAAGGUUGCUCCGUUUGUGCUUUCUGACACUCCCGCUGGAACGAAAUCAUUUCCUGAUGGCCACUACAUAAUCCCGGAUACGAACGCUUUCCUCACCGGAAUGGAUCUUUUUGAGCUCGAGACUGCUUUUCAUGAUGUCAUUGUUCUACAAACUGUUCUGGAGGAAGUCAAAAACCGCUCACUUCCGCUCUACCAUCGUCUCAUCAGCUUGACCAAGAAUGAUGGCAAGCGUUUCUACGUCUUUUUCAACGAUUUCAGACUUCAGACAUACGUGACUCGCGAGGAGAAGGAGACCAUCAACGACCGGAAUGACCGCGCUGUUCGACGCGCUGUGAAAUGGUAUGCCGAGCAUCUGGAGGAAGCUGUCAGCAAGCGCAAGUCCGUUAGAUGCCCUUCGAUUGUCAUGCUUAGUGACGAUCGUGACAACCUCCGCAAGUCGAAAAUCGAUGGGAUUACUGGUCUCUCAUUACGCGAUUAUGUCUCUGGUCUUGAUGAUUCUGAACGCCUGCUGGAUAUGGUCAGCACUGGUCAUGAGCAGAGAGUCGGAAAGCAAACCAAGGGCGAACUUCUCUACCCGGACUAUCUCUCCGUCUCAAAGAUGAUUACUGGGGUCAAGGCUGGAACCAUGCAUCAAGGAACCUUCAACGUAUCACCCUACAACUACCUGGAAGGAUCUGUGUUUGUACCGGCGUUCGACAAACCAUUGCUCAUCAUCGGAAGAGAGAAUAGCAACAGAGCGAUUUCUGGAGACAUCGUGGUUGUCGAAGUUCUGCCGAAGGACCAAUGGAAGGCUCCGUCGUCAAAGAUUCUGGAAGAGGAAGUUGUCAACAAAAACGACAACGCCGACGCAGACGAAGGUGAGGCAGUCAUCACACAACAAGAGAAGCGUGCACUACAGGAAGAGGUGAAGAAGACACAUGGAAAGAGCGCCGAAGGAAGGCCGCAACCCACCGCUCGUGUUGUCGGCGUGAUUAAGCGCAAUUGGCGCCAGUACGUCGGUCACGUCGAUAAGGAUUCGGUCAAGUCUUCCACAAAGCAAAGCCGCGCACAGCAGACUGUUUUCCUUAUCCCUAUGGACAAGCGUAUCCCCAAGAUCCGUAUCCGCACCCGCCAGGCUGGAGACUUACUUGGUAAGCGUCUUCUCGUCACUAUAGAUGCUUGGGACCGUGAAUCAAGAUAUCCCGUUGGUCAUUUUGUUCGUUCCCUCGGAGAGCUCGAGACAAAGGGUGCUGAGACCGAGGCUUUGCUAUUGGAAUGGGACGUUCAAUACCGACCGUUCCCUAAGACCGUCCUGGACUGCCUCCCUUCUGAAGGUCACGACUGGAAGGUCCCUGAGGAUAUGUCCGCUCCUGGCUGGAACAAGAGAAGAGACUUGCGUGAUCUCUUGAUCUACAGUAUUGAUCCUCCUGGCUGUGUCGACAUUGACGAUGCACUUCACGCCAGAACGCUUCCCAACGGCAACAUUGAGGUUGGCGUGCACAUUGCCGAUGUCUCCAACUUCGUCAAACCAAACAACGCCAUGGACGAAGAAGCCAGUCUUCGCGGUACGACUGUCUAUCUCGUCGACAAGCGUAUCGACAUGCUGCCCAUGCUGCUCGGAACUGAUCUGUGCUCACUGAAGCCAUACGUCGAGCGCUUCGCCUUCUCAGUCAUUUGGGAGAUCACGCCCGAGGCUGAUAUUGUACGUGCUGACUACACCAAGUCUGUCAUCAAGUCAAGGGAAGCUUUUGCCUACGAGCAAGCUCAAAUACGCGUCGAUGAUCAGUCUCAGCAAGACGAUCUCACCAACGGCAUCAGGAUGCUCAUGAUGUUGUCAAAGAAGCUCAAGAAGAAGCGUAUGGAUGCUGGUGCAUUGAAUUUGGCCAGUCCUGAAGUGCGCGUUCAGACCGAGUCAGAGACUGCUGACCCGGCGGAUGUUCAGACCAAGCAACACCUUGAUACCAUGUCGUUGGUCGAAGAAUUCAUGCUUCUCGCCAACACAAGUGUUGCCGCACGCAUCUACGAAGCGUACCCUCAGACCGCUCUUUUACGUCGUCACGCCGCUCCUCCCAAGACAAACUUCGAAGAGCUGUCUAACCAAUUGCGCGUGAAGCGUGGGAUGGAGCUACGAACAGACAGCUCCAAGGCUCUUGCCGACUCGCUCGACACCUGCACAGAUCCGUCAGAGCCCUUCUUCAACACACUCGUUCGCAUCAUGGCCACCCGCUGCAUGAUGUCAGCCGAGUACUUUUGCUCCGGCACACAAGCCUACCCCGAAUUCCGCCAUUACGGUCUCGCCAGCGAAAUUUACACCCACUUCACAUCUCCCAUCCGUCGCUACGCCGAUCUGGAAGCGCAUCGUCAACUCGCCGCCGCCAUCGACUACGAACCCCUCGACGCAUCUCUUCUCUCCAAAGCCAAACUCGAAGGCGUGUGCAAAAACAUCAACGUUCGUCAUCGUAAUGCACAGAUGGCCGGUCGUGCCAGUGUAGAGUACUAUGUCGGUCAAGCGCUCAAGGGACGUGUCGUGGACGAAGACGGUUUCAUCAUGCGCGUCUUUUCCAACGGUUUUGUCGUCUUCGUACCUAGAUUUGGCAUCGAGGGAUUGAUCCGUCUUCGUGAUCUGGCUACCCCUGAGCCGGAGAGCGAGUUUGAUACUGAAAACUACAUUCUCAAGAUCAAUGGUGAGGGUAUUGAGAGGAACGUUGAGCUUUUCGAAAAGGUAAAGGUUAGAAUUUCGGAUGAGGCUGAGGAGAGCACUGGAAAGAGAAAGGUCAAGCUUUCGCUUUUGUAG